AUGGCAUCUUAUAACCAGUACUCUAACUACGGCGGGAACCCGUAUGGCGGAGACGCGCAGCAGGGCGGGUAUGGAUCUAAUCCCUACGGCGGCAAUGGGGGGAACCCGUAUGGUGGUGGGGACUAUGGACAGCAACAAUACCCCUCCGCGCCCCAGCACCAACAGUCCAACUACUCCGCGCAAUCGCAAUACAGCCAACCCCAACCUCAACAACAACCACCCCACGACUCCUCCGCCGCCCCACCCAUGCCCCACUCCGACAACGUCCAAUACGUCUCCGCCGCGCCCAGCGUAAUGUCGAACCCAGACUUCCUCUCGCGCGUCGAAGCUGUCAAAGCCGACAUCCGCACCCUCACGACGCACGUCUCGCAGAUCGCCUCCACGCACCAGCGCGCCCUCUCCUCGACCGACACCGGCGGGUCCGCGCAGCUCGAAGCCAUCGUCUCGCAGACGCAGGUCCUGAAUACCAGUAUCAAAGACCAGAUUAAGUUCCUCGAGGCGGACGCGGCGCGGAGUAAAGGCAACCCCGUCAAGGACACGCAGAUCGACCAGCUGAAGCGGAGUUUCCAGAAGCAGCUGCAGGAGUACCGGCAGGAGGAGGCCAGCUACGAGAAGCGGUAUCGCGAGCAGAUUGUGCGGCAGUACCGGAUCGUGAACCCGGAGGCCAGCGAUGCGGAGGUGCAGGAGGCCGCGGAUGCGGAUUGGGGGAACGAGGGCGUGUUUCAGACUGCGCUCAAAUCCAACCGCAGCGCCACCGCCAACACCGUCCUCGGCGCCGUCCGCGCCCGCCACAACGACAUCCAGAAAAUCGAACGCACCAUCACCGAGCUCAACGCGCUGAUGGAAGACCUGGCGACGCAAGUCGUGCUGCAAGAAGAGCCGAUUCAACAGACAGAAGUCCAAACGGAAAACGUGAAAAAGGACACCGAGGCGGGCAACGUGCAGUUGGACAAGGGCAUUAAGAGUGCGAGGAACGCGCGGAAGUUGAAGUGGUGGUGUCUGGGCAUUUGCGUGGCGAUUGUGUGUAUCCUGGCGCUGGUCCUGGGGUUGUAUUUCGGGCUGCAAUCUGGCGGUGGUGGUGGUGGUGGUGGUGGUGGUGGUGGUGGUGGGAAUGCGGGGGCGGCUUAG